UUGAGCCUUUUGCUUAUAUUUAUGAAGAAAAAAUUGAUCAAGCACAGAAAAUUGCGAGAACCUACCAGGCUACCACACGCCACAAGGAGCAGAGAAAUCGAACGGCAGAGUGCAAGAGAUGCGCGUAGGUUAAUAUUACAACCCGGCGCAGGUUAGCCUCGGGUAGGUCCGAAAUUAGAACGGAGAAAGUAAUGAGGGGGGCGGAAAUCUCAAAGACAUAGCAGCUACUAAGACUGAUUUAUCCACUCUCCUCUUCUCUUCUCUGCUCAACACCUCAACUACACAGACUUUCUCACUUCUUUAAGACUCUAACCGUUUUCUCUUCUCCUUUCCUCACUCGUCACGCUUUUUCCAUUGGUUUUCCCUCCCAUUUCAUUUCCUCUCUUUCACCCUGCGCGAUUAUUUCGAUCUCUCUCGCUUUCUUCCAUGGAGGCUUCCGCAGCUAUUCGAUCCUUGAACUAUCCCAUAGGCUCUAUGGCCCCUAUGCGAUGCUCACUUGAGAAGCCAGCUAUAGUUCCCAGCCAUAAUAUAAGGUGGAACUCCAAAAGUAGGCUUUUUGUUCAGCGGUUGGUGAAUGGUGAGAAAUACAAAGGGAAUAAAACCUUAGUGUUGUGUGCAAAAACUGCUGACACCAUCAACACAACCAAGUCUGAGGCUUCUUCAGAUACCACUUUACAGGAUUCAUUGGAGAAAAAGCCUUUGCAAAAUGCCACUUUUCCUAAUGGCUUCGAGGCUUUGGUAUUAGAAGUCUGUGAUGAGACUGAAAUUGCUGAACUGAAAGUAAAGGUUGGAGAGUUUGAGAUGCAUCUUAAGAGAAACAUUGGAGCAACAAAAGCUCCUCUCUCUAACAUUUCACCAACUACACCACCACCUAUUCCAAGUGAACCCAUGGUUGAAUUGGCAGCUGGUACACCACCACCAUCACCACCAAAGUCAUCUCCAGAAAAGACCAACCCAUUUGUAAAUGUUUCUUUAGAAAAGUCAUCAAAGUUGGCAGCAUUGGAGGCUUCUGGUAACAAUACCUAUGUGUUGGUAUCAUCUCCCACGGUUGGCUUAUUCCGAAGGGGUAGAACAGUGAAAGGGAAGAAGCAGCCUCCCAUAUGUAAAGAGGGUGAUUUCAUCAAAGAAGGGCAAGUCAUAGGGUAUUUAGAUCAGUUUGGCACUGGACUUCCUGUUAAGUCCGAUGUUGCUGGAGAAGUGCUAAAGCUUCUUGUUGAGGAUGGAGAGCCCGUUGGUUACGGAGACCCCCUUAUUGCUGUCUUGCCGUCUUUCCAUGACAUCAAGUGAGCAAAGCCUAAUGCUAUUGUUCCUGGUUAGUCAUGCUGCAUUUAUUUUUUGGGAAAUAUCGGCGAAAGUUUUAAUUAAUUUGAGAAACAAUUAUUAGUGCCUUUUUAUUGGGAAAAGGCGUUCUUGUGAAAAUUAUGCUUUGUAUACCAAUUGCUUAUAUUAUAUUGGUUAGCUAUUUCAAGACCAUAAGUAAAGGUGAGCAAGCCAAAGGAGUUUGAUUGCUUUCUUUCUUUUUGUCCCAAAACUGUGUGUAGGUGUUGCUUUUAAUGUCUGAACCAGAACGAUUCGUUUCAUUGUUUGCAUAUUCGUCACUGAUAUGAUCUAAAUGAAAAUCUUAUAAAGAGAAAGUUAGCAUUGAAGAA